GGGAUCGCAAAGAGUCGGACACGACUGAGCGACUUCACUAGAUUUGUGCUGUCCAGUAUGCGGCCACGUGGCCGUGGAGCACUUGAACUAUGGCCGGUGCAACUGAAGGACUGAAUUUUAAUCUUGAAAAACUUUAUAUUUACAUUUAAAUAGUCACCAGUGGCUAGCAGCUACCAUGUUGGACAGCUCUAAACUCUGGCCUUAAUCACUAUACCCACCUGCCUGUCUCCUUCCAUCCGUCCUCUCUGAGCCCCAGCACUCCCCUGAAACUGCUCUAGCCAGGUGACUGCCCAGCAGCCAAACCCAAAGGCAGUUUCAUCAGUUUUUAUUCCGGAUCCUUCAGGAACAUUAGGUAAAACUGAGCAUUCUCAUUCCUUUUUCAUGAAGAAAGAAUUAAUAGCCCCAUGAAAGAAAAUACAGAAAUGUAGAAAAGGAAAAAAAAAAAAUCACCCGCAGUCCCACAACCAAAAUAUAAUUAUUAUGAACAUUCCAGUACAUUUCCUUCUAUAAGUAAUUUUUAAACAACAGUUGCAAUCACACUUAUUUUUAAAAUUUACCUUUGUUUGAUUUCAGAAUAACUAUGUCCUCUGGGGGUCAAAUUCUCAUCCUGAUGAUUUUACCCACUCUCAGCGAUGAGCUCGUGGAUACAUAUUUUUGACUCCUUGAUAGGUAUCUCCAUUUUAAAUAUCUCAGUGGUACCUCCAACUGACCACAUUCAGACACUUGCUCCCUUAUCUUUCUCCAAAAACCUGCUCCUCUUCUUUCUGGGUUCCCCCUUAACAAGAACAGUACCCCCAUGCGCCCACCAAAUCAAGCCAGAAAUCGGAACCCUCUCCCCCAUCCAGCUAGAAGAUCCCUCCGUGUUUCCAGCUGUGAUUGUGGAGCAAGUGCCCUACCCCGAAUUACUGCAUCUGUACUCAGGCCUGGAGCUGGAUGACGUUCACAAUGGCAUCAUAACAGAUGGGACAUUGUGCAUGACACAGGAUCAGAUCUUGGAGGGCAGUUUUUUACUGGCAGAUGACAAUGAAACCACCUCACAAACCGUGUCAACCACUGAAGUCUUGCUCAACGUCGAGUCUCCCAACGACAUCCUGGAUGACAAGCAGAUCUUCAGCACCUCUGAAAUGCUUCCAGAGCCAGACCCUGCUCCAGCCAUGACACUGCCCAACUACCUGUUUCCUGUCUCUGAGCCCGACGCCCUGAACAGGGCUGGCGACACUGGUGACCAGGAGGAGAACUGUCUGGAGGAGAAGGUCCCCACAGAAGACAGCGCUAAGAAGACUGGAAAAUCGAAGAAGAGAAUCCGGAAGACCAAGGGCAACCGCAGUACCUCACCUGUCACUGACCUCAGCAUCCCCAUUCGGAAGAAAUCGAAGGAUGGCAAAGGCAGCACCAUCUACCUGUGGGAAUUCCUCCUCGCACUUCUGCAAGACCGGAACACCUGCCCCAAGUACAUCAAGUGGACCCAGCGAGAGAAAGGCAUCUUCAAGCUGGUGGAUUCUAAAGCAGUGUCCAAGCUCUGGGGGAAGCAGAAGAACAAGCCUGACAUGAACUAUGAGACGAUGGGCCGGGCACUCAGAUAUUACUACCAACGAGGCAUCCUGGCCAAAGUGGAAGGGCAGAGGCUGGUGUACCAGUUUAAGGAGAUGCCCAAGGACCUGGUGGUGAUCGAAGAUGAGGAUGAGAGAAGCGAGGUCACAGCCACAUCCCCUCAGGCCUCUGCUCCCUCCACCUCUGGCAGCAGCUCCCGGAGAGCCAGCUCCCGGGUCUCGUCCAGAGCUGCCCCGCAGGGCAAGGGUGACACUUCCUGGGAAAAGUCGAAGGUGCAGCACGUUGGUCUCCAGCCAUCUGCUAGUCUGGAAUUGGGACUGUCUGUAGACGAAGAGAUCCCCACUACCUCCGCCAUGCUUGUCUCUCUACCAGAAAGCCAGGCCAAAGUCACGAAAGCUGUGAGUACUUCUUCAGUGCCCAGCAACAUCCACCUAGGAGUGGCCCCUGUCAGGUCGGGCUCGGCCUUGACCCUGCAGACCAUCCCGCUGACCACAGUGCUGACCAACGGGCCUCCUGCCAGUACUACUGCUUCAACCCAGCUGGUUCUCCAGAGUGUUCCACCUGCUUCCACCUUCAAGGACACCUUCACUCUGCAGGCCUCCUUCCCCCUGAACACCAGUUUCCAAGAGAACCAGGUGGCAGCACCGGGGGCUCCGCUGAUUCUUAGUGGCCUCCCCCAGCUUCUGGCUGGGGCCAACCGUCAGACCAAUCCGGCACCACCCUCAGUCAUGGGAGCUGGCCCAGCAGGGCCCAGCUCUCAGGCCCCUGGGACUGUCAUUGCGGCCUUCAUCAGAACUUCCGGUGCCACUGCAGCCCCUGGGGUCAAGGAGGGGCCACUGAGGCCCUCGUCCUAUGUGCAGGGCAUGAUGACUGGGGCCCCCAUGGAGGGCCUGCUGGUUCCUGAAGAGACCCUGAGGGAACUCCUGAGGGAGCAGGCUCACCUUCAGCCACUUCCAAGCCAGGUAGUUUCAAGGGCUUCCCACAAUCCGAGCCUUCUGGGAAACCAGACUUUCUCUCCUCCCAGCCGCCCCACUGUUGGGCUAACCCCAGUGGCUGAACUUGAGCUCUCCUCGAGCUCAGGGUCCCUGUUUACGGCUGAGCCUAAUAAUGUAAGCACACCCGGGAGCCUGCUGACUAGAUCCCCAACUCCAGCCUCCAUCUCCCCAUUCAACCCCACUUCCCUCAUUAAGAUGGAGCCUCAUGACAUGUAAAUGGAGGGGGUCAGGGGGAAACGUGACCGCCAGGCAAAGUUGAGCAGCAUUUGUACACGGACUUUCUCUAAGAGAGACUGACUGAAGUAGCAUACCAGCCCUUACAUUUCAGCAGGGUGUCAAUACACCAGACCCCCGUGCCCCACCCCUGCCUGUUGUCAUCAUAGCCAAGACAGGCCCAGUUGGAGCAUCCCUGCUGUCAAACCAUGGCUUUCAAGAGUACUAGGGGAUAUGCUUUUGUCGGAGUAAUGGGCUGACUUGCAGAUGGAGGCAAACCUGAGACGUUUGUAACCAGGGCUGGGGUAGGGGCUUCAUGAGAAGAGUCUUUUCACCUGGCUGUAUUCCAUUGUCUUCGUUCCCUCUGCAGAGUAUUUACUAUCCCAUAUGUGAAUAUCUCUGUAUGUAUUUGUGUGUACCUGUGCGUCUGUAUCUCUGUUUCUUUGGUGAGGAUGGGGGUAUAGCUGUGAGGUCUUCAAGGGUGUGUGUCUCUGUGGAGGUCAGCCACAGAGAUGGGGAAUUUUCUGUUUUGAGGGAAAGCAUUCUCUAGUUCGCUUUGUAGAAGCCAAGAUUUGGUUGUUCUGAAACUAUGGGGUACAGGUUGGAACCCCCAAAUCCGGAGAGAUGUCACAGAGCUGGGGCAGGUCUGGGGAGGAGAGCUUUGAUGGGUGUGUUCGUUGGGGAAGACGGAGUUGUAGGGGACAAGGAGAAAACCAUGUGGGAUAAAACCCUGAAGAGAGGGAAGGAAUUCAGCCCUCUGGAGCAGCCCCGCAGGUUAGACCGAGGUCUUCUUGGGCUCAGCAUCAUUGCCCACCAGUCAUUUGCCAGCAGGCCAGAUCCUUAAUCUCCCCAGAGUGCUUUGUGCCCCUCCAGGGUCAGACCCAGCCACAAGGUCCUCAGGGGAAGGGGACUAAAUUAAUGGAUGUUUGCGCCCAGGGCUUGGGCUGUAAUUCCAGCCUUCACAGUCACCCUGGUCUGCAUCCCAAAUCCUGGCUUCCCUCUUGACUAAUUUCGCCUCUGCCAUUUCACUGCUGGCAGGCAGUGCAGGGGACGUCGGGUAACCACAUGCUCGGGGUCUGCCUCCGUCCCUGCUCGUGCCUCCUUGCUGCUCAGCCUGCUUUCUACUCCCCUCACAGGUCUGCCCACCCACCCAUUCCCUCAAUGGCUGCAGUAGACCUCCUCCAGUGGGCCGAGGUCCUUGAUGGCCAGCCUUCUCACUUCACUCUGACUCCUCCUCCACGAAGAUGGAGCCCGAACCUGUGAGCUCCUGUCCUUUAUGUCCCUCCGAAUGCCUUCCUUCCACCUUUCCUCUUUCUGAGAAUGGGGUCAGCCAGUUAUCUCUUAAAGUCCACCCCUCAGCUGGGGGCCUCGAUCCCCUCCCCUCUCUCUCCUAUGAAUUUGCGUUUGUCUCUCCUGCCAGGUUUGGGAGCAAGGCUGAGAGCUCUACUAUGUCAGCCUCGGAAAUAGUGAUAGGAUCUGGUGAAUGUGGUUACUGUGAAUUGGUGCCUCAGGACCUUUGCUGUGUCCUUGACACAAAACCAGCCACCUGACCUCACUACCUCCCCUGGUUGCCCCUUCUCUCUCUCUCCCCUUCUGGUCACUGCCAAGCCCAUUAUCAUGCUCUGUCACCUCUUGUUCUCCCCCUUCUCCACCCUGGGAGGGAACCAUGUAUGGUUAUGCAGGUGUAUUUCUUACAUGUCUCCAGCACUUGGCAUUAAUGUCCCUUUUUCUAAUAAAAUCAGCUUAUGAUGACAGUUUCCUGGUGGUGGAGAGCAAAACAUCUUGAGAAAGGGUCACCUUUGAAAACAACUUUACACAAAGAUUCGACGUGGGUUAGGAGUGGCCCUGCCCCCUCACUGGAACCCCAUAGAACUCUUCAUCUGAAGUCACUGAUACCCUGGAGGUGAUGUCAAAUUUCUUCUUCCUAGUCCUUGGCCCCUUGUGAACCCUCACAGCACAUGACACUACUUCCCCUUCCUCCAUCACCUUCUCUGUGCCCUUGCUAACUCCACGUCUGCAUUCACUCUGGGCACCCCCAUGAGCCUCAGCCAUCCUCCUGGCUCCAGUGAGGCUCUUCAGGUUGGGUAUGGAAUCUAGAGGCCCAGCCCCUACUCUUCUCAGCUUCUGGCUCACAUUUCUGCUGGAUAGUUCUACCUAGAUGCUUGUCAGGCCCUCAAAGAUUGUCCCUCUAUCAAAAAUGGAUUUUUGGAAGUUUUCCAACACACAAAACCAUUCCAGACAAAAAGGCCAUCAUGACUUGCCUAUUUCUGUUAUUGUGCUGACCUUCUAAGCUUGACAUUUCAGAGCCAUCUGAAAUGCUGGCCGCGUUCACUUGACCCUGCCCCGUCCUCAUUGCCUCAAGUCUGGUGUGGUUUGCCACAUCUCUCCAAUCCGGCCAUUCUUCCACACUUGCAGAGAGCCUCCAGCCUUGUUCAUCCUCCCCCAGAGCAUAUCCCCUUCCCUGGACAUAUAAGCAGCCCCCCAGUGUGAUCUGAGUCACCCCUUCCAACUUGCCAAAAAGUCUCCUGGGGCUCCUCACUGCCUACAAGUGGGGGUGAUACUCAAAAUCCUUAACUUCCAAUCUGUUCUUAGUGGCUGGGCAUUAACCCUUUAUUGUCUGACUCACAAGGCAGUCCAGGGGUCCUGGAGGAGGGAUGGGGGAGCACUUGAUGGCUCAGGGCAGUUUUUCCAGGAGUAUUUUGCACUUCACCAUCACAUCCUAGCCUACUUCCCCAUUCACCCAGUCAAACGGAUGAAUUCACUGACCUUUGCACGUGCUUCUGUUGGAGUUGCCUACCUCUGUACUUUUACUUUUCUUGCUUCUGCUCAACCACAAUGCUCUUCCCACCCCGCUAGUACUCAUCAAAUUGUACCCAUCCUUUAAGGCUCAGUUCAUGGACACUGCCUCCCCAGACCAGCCUACCCUUAAGUGAGUUCAUUUGAAAUGCGUGGCAAGUGCCAUUCUUUUGGUAACUGUGAGCAGCCUGUGACAUCGCCUCUAUAAUAAUCACAAACUGUUACUUAAAUCUUCAAUGACCUGGACUUAUGGAGUCUCCCCAGUUAGUGUGUUACCUUCUAAGGGGAGUGGGACUGUCACCCAUAGCAGGGCACACUAUGAAGCAUCUAGUGAGCGUCAACGGACGGUUACUGAUUGAGCUGGUGAGAGAGGGGGACCAAAGUGAGGUAGGUGACCUCCGACCUCCCCUCUGCACAGACACUCACCCCAGGUGCUCCGCUGCCCAGGGCCAGCCCUCCCUGGCUCAGUGCCCUCAUGGUACCCCCACCCCACCCCUGGCCUUAGCACCCAAGAGUUGUUACUACUUUGAACAUCCCCUGCCUCUCAAGAAACUUCCCUGUCCAGUUUCUUUCCUACUCAAAGUGUUAAAUUAGCUAAGCUGAUAAACUAACCUGUGCUGAUGUAGUUAAGGGAGAGGGCUAGAGGAGAGCCUCAGGAGAUAGGUUCAUUUCACCCAGGGUCAUGUGGCAACAGCACCCCUGCCUUUGUAAUAGUUUGAUGGAGUCAAGAGACUGGCUCCUCACCCCCAACAGCUGAUGCAUUACUCCCUCCUCUGAGCUCCCACAGCACUUUGUAUAUACCUCUUAUUGUAGCACUUAGCACAUGGUAGCGCCUUAGCUAUGUGUUUAUGUAUGUUUCCCCUCCAAUAGACUGUGAGCUCCUCAAGGACAGGGACUGUGUGUUAGUCACUGAUGUAUCCCCCAGCGCCUAACACAGUGCCUGGCACACAGUAGGUGCUCAAUAAAUGUUUAU